AUGAUCACAAGACCUCCGGCAAGGCCGCAGUCACUCCUGCGAGCCUUUGUCAAGCGAGCAAAUGCCACGCCGUCCUCUUUCCUAAAGCGACAGGUCCGCAGAAAACACACCGUCCCCGUGUGGGCCAACCAGACCAAACAGGACUUUUUCGCACGCCACGGCGUCCCCGGCUUCCUCAGUGCAGAGACCUACCAAGAGACCUAUGUGAAAUACACCCAACACCUGUGCGACCGGCUGAACGAGCUGGUGUUGGGCACCGCGGAUGAGUCGUCGUCGACAUACGACCUGCACGCAAAGUGCGCCCACCGCUCCGAUCGGGCGCACCUCUAUAAUCUCGCUGCCAUGGUCGAGUUCACGCGGUUCUUUUGGGAGUACCUCACCGAGAACGAAGAUCCGGCUAUUCACAAGCCAGGCCUAAACACCACGAGGAGCAUCGAGGCCAGCUUCGGCAGUGUGCAGAACCUCCGAGAAGAGAUGCUCGAGACCGCCGACGCCAUGUUCGGGAACGGAUUCGUGUGGCUGAUGAAGGGCAAGAACGUGGGCGACAUGCGUAUUCUGGCCACGUACAACGCCGGCUCCCCAUACCCCGACGCGGCACCGAGACGGGACGACAAGGACAUGGCGACCUUUGACGGCCGCAUCCUCUCCGACCAGCUCUCCGGUCGAGGUGGGCUGGGGUUGCCGAGCUUGGAAGAACGAAACAUCUCCACCGGGAAUUCGACGGCGGGCUCGUUUGGUGACUUUAGCUCUUCACGGGCGAAUCUCUACGCCGGUGCCCUGGACAUGCAGCCCAUCCUGUGCGUCAACGUGUGGGAACACCAGUGGCUGAGAGACUACGGACUCCUCGGCAAAAAGUGGUAUCUAGGCGCCUGGUGGGAUCGCAUUGAUUGGCAAAAGGUGGAAAGUCAGCACGCCCUGUACGAGACGGGCGGGGAAUGGAGUGACUACUGGUCGAGCGGCAGCAAGUCGCCGUAUGCGACCACGGGCGGGUCGAGUGUUCUGGAUGCUUUGAGGAGAUAG